GCGCAGCUGCAAACAGUACAGUGAGGUCCAACCUCUUCCUUUAAUGACUGGAGCCUUUCGAGAACCAGUGAGGCAGCAGUAGGAAGUGAUUCCGCAGGGAAUAUUCGCCUACUAAAGAUCUACCGUAGCUACUGAUAUCAGUUAUUCAAGAAAAGCUAAAGCAUGGCCCCAAAGAGAAGAUCAGCCUCUGCUGCUAAGGCAGGAGGAAAAAAGGUGAAAGAGGAGCCCAAGGACGCCUUCACCUCUGCAAAAGAGGCACUUCUGGCUGCAGGGCCACAGAUGAAAGGCAAAAGGAAGGUGGAUGAGCACUGCUACCUGUCUUCAGCAGAGGUGCACGAGGAUUAUGACUGCAUGCUCAACCAAACAAACAUAGGAAACAACAACAACAAGUUUUACGUCAUUCAAGUUGUAAAAGAAAACAACUCCUACUAUUCAUGGAACCGCUGGGGAAGAGUGGGAGAAAUGGGACAAUCCAAACUGACUGCGUUUGAUAAGGUUGAAUCGGCUGUAAAAGACUUUGAGAAGAAGUUUAAGGAUAAGACCAAGAACAACUGGGCUGAUCGGAUGAACUUUGUUUCUCACCCUGGGAAGUACACACUGAUUGAAGUAGAAGGAGAGCAGGAUGCUGAGGUCAAGGUGGACCAUGUUGAUGGCAAAGCAGGGGGAGUCUCCAAAAAUGUGCUCCCAUGCACUCUCGAUGAAGCUACACAGAAACUUAUUAAGCUCAUUUUCAGCAACGACAUGUUCAAGGAGGCGAUGGAAUGCAUGAAUUUAGACAUCAAGAAGAUGCCCCUGGGUAAGCUAAGUAAGGUACAGAUUGCAAAAGGGUUUGAAGUUUUGGAGGAGAUUGCAGCUGCUAUCGACCAAAAGGGUAGAAGAGGGCACCUUGAAGAACUCUCAUCAAAGUUCUUUACUACAAUCCCUCACAACUUUGGCAGGACCAGACCUCCAACCAUAGACAGCAAAGAGAUUGUUGAGAAGAAAAAGGAGAUGCUCAUGGUGCUGGCAGACAUUGAGCUCGCCCAGACACUGAAAUCAGAAACAGAGAAAGCUCAGGAAGAGAUGAUGGAGACAGUUCCUCAUCCUAUUGACCAAGACUACACUUCGCUCAAAUGCAAACUGUCUUUACUUGCCAAAAAUACAAAUAUGUAUAAGAUCAUUGAGAAAUACACAAAGGCAACUUCAGGUCAAGGUCGUAAGCCAAAGAUUCUCAAUGUUUGGGAGGUGGAUCGAGAGACAGAGGGAGAACGCUUUAGUGAAAAUGACAACCUAGAGAACCGCCGCCUGCUCUGGCAUGGCACAAAUAUAGCAGUGGUGGCAGCCAUCCUCAAAAGUGGUCUUAGGAUCAUGCCCCAUUCUGGAGGCCGGGUUGGCAGUGGGAUCUACUUUGCCUCUGAAAAUGCUAAAUCUAUAUGUUAUGUGACUACCUCAGGCAAAACUGGAGUGAUGUUUCUAAGUGAGGUGGCUCUGGGUAAGGAGUUCACCAUUACCAAAGACAACCACACUUUGAAGAAGGCCCCUGCAGGUUAUGACAGUGUGGUAGCACGAGGCACUAUGGAACCAGAUCCGUCUAAAGACAUCGUCAUCAACCUGGAAGGCAAGAAGGUCACUGUUCCUCAGGGAAAUGCCAUCAACCAGCCGCAAUACUCUGAAAGCUACUUCAGCAGUAGUGAAUACCUGAUCUACAAAGAGAGCCAGUGUCGCCUUCGCUAUCUGCUUGAGAUGGAAAUAAAUUAUUAGUUGUAAAGAUUCAACUCUGAUUGUGCAGGUCCUAAGGAAUAGUUACUCCUACCAUAUUGCAUAAGCGCCUUUUUCUGUUCUGUGCCUUACAAUCGUAUGCAUGAUGCAUAGAAUGUGCUUUGGCUUUGCACAUACUUAGGUGAAAUACAAAAGUAAUAUUCUGUACUUUAUAAAAAAUGGUGAAUUUUCUUAAUGCUUUUGGAAAUCUGUAGUUGACCAUGCUUAAAUGGUCAGAAUGUUUGUUUGCACUCUAGGGUUUUUAAGGGAUGUUUCACAACUUUAUCCAAAACAUUAGAUGCUUAUAGUCAUGACUUAGGAUUUCAAAUGAAUGUAAUUAAUCCUACAGUUUUUCAUGUAGGAAUAUAUGAAGGCUAGCUGACCAAGAAGAAGAAGAAUUAUCUUUUUUGGAACACUUUCCUGGAGAUGGUCCCUUUACAUGUAUAAACUUUAGCUAUAAAGUGACUUCCAGUAUGGAUUUGCACCUCUAUUUUAAAUAAAAUAGAGCAAGAGUAAAAUGGAAGUUAAUAUACAUUUGUGUUUACAGGCGAGUGAAGUCCAGCAUGUUGUUCACAAUGAAAAAAAAGUAAUACAGUGAUUGUCAUUAGUGACACAUGCUAAUUGCUAAUACUUUUAUGUACUUAUGGUUUCAGAUUGUUGAGACAUGAUGCCACACACUAACAAAAAAAAAAAAUCUUUAUUUUGCACACACAAGCCCUGAAUUAUCCAAUAAACAGAAACAGGCACACCUGUAAACCUGUCUGUGUUUAAGAAAUUAU